CCACUUCGGACGUGCAUCUGCGCCUGGAAGCAACACGGACCUGCGUGCCUUCGUCGUCGCCGUGAUCGCCACUAUAGUCGUCGUGCAUGCCGAUGUUAGUUACAUCGAUCAUGGCAAAGUCAAACCAUUCGUUCGGGCGAAACCUACGGAGAAAGCAGCCGUCAGAUACAAGCCAUCAACGUACCCUAAGAUACAAGCCAUCACUCUACGUACCCUAUGGAUGUCACCCGUAUCCUGCUGUUCAGGCUGAUGGCUCGGUCAGUGCUGGGCUUAAGGGAUCUGGGCCAGAUGGUGGCGAGUGUGGCGGUUCGGCUCUUGGUUCUCAAGUGUACUAUCGUUCAGACUGGUGUAGGAACAAGUGGGCCAUCAUGUACGCUUGGUACCUCCCGAAGGCCGGACCACACAGUAUCAACAGCGCCACUUCUGGGAAGCAGCAGUGAUCUAAAUCGAUGACCCGCUCUCACUAAUUGGACAAUUCUGGGCGCAUUGUUGAAUUACGGCAGUCACCGCAAGACUGAAGUGCCUGUUGACAAGGAAUACGUUGAGGGCUCAAGCGUGAAGCUCGAAUCUCACCGUGGUUUUGGAGCGCCCAGGCCGAAGUUACGCUUCACAGUGCUCGAAGGUGGAGCCAAGGACCUCAUCACGUGGGAGCAGCUCACUGAUGCAGCAUGCAUUGAGCUAUACUGAAUUUGACACCGGAUUCAUCAAGUGGACGAAGAGGGCGAUGCCCUUGAAAUACGGUAUAUUUGAGAAGAGACUGGAAGAUGUGGCCGUUUGAGUGAAUCAUCACUACAAAAAGUAGCAUUUUUUCUUCCAGAGUUGUUGUUGUACAUACAGCGAGGGACUCUUAAAGACAUGGCGUCGGACUGUAUUGAAUGUGAACUAAAGAAGUAUUAGCUUUACAAAUGUUUCGAAUUACCGGGGCUAACAUUGUGAUUGAUUUUCUAUGAAUACAUGUACUUCGAAGU